UACAUUGAAGUAUUCAUAGUCAUACGUUCAUCGCUGCUUAUUAAUGAGCUUAACUGCGAGAGGAAUAAAUGAGUUAUAGCUUUCUUAUUUGUUACUGAUUUAAGAGACCCAAAAUAUUUGUCAAUUUCAAUUUGGAACAGUUUAAAACAUGGUCUUUAAUUGUAGUUGGCCUACACUUGAAGAUGUUUUAUUUUGAAAGUUACGAACGGAUAUCGCACCGCUGUUUGAUCCAUGACGCUUCACGUAACGCGCAGACAGGGAGGCGGACGCGGCGGCCACAAACGAGGAGGAAACUGAACUCGCGGCACAGCACGGAACAGCACGAAACAGCGCGGAACAGCACGGAACAGCAGGCCUGAAGAAGUCGGUGCCCCGCUGUUUGCCUGAACGUUAGCUAGCUGUGCACGCGCUCUCUAUUUCUCGGAUAUAACCGACACACACCCGGAAAACCGCGGAGAGGGGGACAUAAUGGCGACGUUGGGACCGGAGUCGGUUCGCCCUGCUCUUUCCCAGCUCAGUUCCUCCCAGUCGCAGACUCACAUCGGCGGCGCAAACCUGCCUCCCAACCGGGGUCUGGAGCGGGCGCUGGAGGAGGCGGCGGCCAGCGGCGCGCUCAACCUCAGCUCGCGCAAACUGAAGGAGUUUCCCCGGACAGCCGCCAACCACGACCUGACGGACACGGUGGAAGCAGACCUCUCAAAGAACAGACUGGCUGACGUCCCCACAGAGAUCUGCCACCUGGUCGCCUUGGAGACACUAAACCUGUAUCACAACUGCAUCAGGACCAUCCCGGAGAGCAUCAUCGGCAUGCAGUCACUCACCUCCCUCAAUCUCAGUCGGAACCAGCUCGGCUCUCUGCCGGCCUGCCUGUGUGGUUUACCUCUCCGAGUCCUCAACGCCAGCAACAACAAGCUUGUCAGCCUGCCGGGGGCCAUUGGACAGCUGCACCGCCUCAUGGAGCUGGACAUCAGCUGUAACGAGAUCACGGCUCUCCCUCGCCACAUCAGCCGACUCAAGGCGCUGCGGGAGCUCAACGUACGCAGAAACCUUCUCUGCGUCCUGCCAGAAGACCUGGUUGGCCUUCCUCUGGUGAAGUUUGACUUCUCCUGUAACAAGGUGUCGACCAUCCCGGUGUGCUACAGGAAGAUGAAACAGCUCCAGUCCCUCCAGUUAGAAAACAACCCACUGCAGAGUCCACCUGCACAGAUCUGUAUAAAAGGGAAAGUUCACAUAUUCAAGUAUCUGAGCAUCGAGGCGUGUCGCAAUGACAAGAUGCCCGACUCUUUGUACCUGCCUGUCAUGGAGCGGCUCAGCCUAUCACGGCCCACUACCGGCAGCCGUCGGAUGAAGACAGUCUGAGUCUCAACGUCCCAAUGAGCCACAUCACCGAGGAGGACGGACUCAGUAAGGACGACUCGAGUGAACACAUCAGUUCCCUUACAGCAGACCCACACUUGGACUCGGUGCGUCUGAUUGAGGAGAGCCCUACGGAAGCCCUGAAGGACCAGUUCAGCUACAGAGACUCCGCUCUCAGCACGCGCUUUGUCAACUACAUCAAGGGUCGGACAGCAGCAGACUUUGAUGAGCCCCUCAGAAUAGAGGAAGACUCACACUGGCUACCAGGACAAAUGUCAAAGGUCACCGGCAGCACAGAGCUUCACAUCGACAUGAUCAACCAGCUGAAGGAGGCCGUGGAGCUGCUGCAGGACCCCAGCAGAGUGACAGCGGAGCAGGACGAUCCUGCCGGAGUUCAGCUCUACCCAGUGGAGAUGGUCUCAGUGGAAGAGUCACUCAAUGGGCAAGACAGCGAUGAUGGUGUCAGCACACCGAAGCGACAUGACCGAUCUCCAGCCGGCGGACAUCCGUCCUUCUCCAGCCCCGUGUUUGGACUGAAGCCCCGCUCAGCCCCGCCCUCGCUGCCCUGCUCGCCCCCUCCUUCCUGUCUCGUCCCCUCCCUCCUCUCACAGGCCUCGCCCCUCCGUAGAGACUCGCCUCGUAGCCACAACAACGAAGGCGUGCUCAGCCGCGUGUUCCUGCGGAGCCACAGGAGUCUGGAGUCCGUAGAUCCCCAGUUCACUAUGAGAAGAAAGAUGGAGCAGCUGCGAGAGGAGCUGGAGCUCACCGAGCAACUGCGAGACAGCAUCGAGAGCAGACUGAAGGUGGUCCUUCCCGAAGACCUGGGCUCGUCUCUGAUGGACGGCGUUGUGCUCUGCCAUCUGGCCAACCACAUUCGUCCGCGCUCCGUUGGCAGCAUCCAUGUCCCCUCACCUGCAGUGCCCAAACUCAGCAUGGCCAAGUGUCGGAGAAAUGUGGAGAACUUCCUGGACGCGUGCAGGAAGAUCGGCGUUCCACAGGACAAGCUGUGUCUCCCGCACCACAUCUUGGAAGAGAAAGGCCUGGUAAAGCUGGGGGUCACAGUGCAAGCUCUGGUGGACCAGGCUUCGUCCAAACUCUUCGUGCUGACGUGAGCGACGGGCGGAGACAGACGGAGCUUCCUCUGACUGACACGUACAACCAAACACUCCUGGAUCCAAAACGCUGCCACGCAUUUUUAUUAGAUCUCAGCUCUAUUCACACGGGACUUUAGCUCUUUGUAAUAACCCUUGUGUUGUCCUCCCGGUUCACCACCUUACUAGUUUUAUACUACUUUUUGGAAUCCAUGGUUAAUAACUCUCAUUUAUAUAGAAUAAUACCUAAUAUCUGAGUUAAAAAAGAAGAAAUUAUGAAUUAUUUUGACUAAUAGUUAAGAUCAGAGAAAUAAAAGUGAUCAGUUGUAUUUGCAAAGAGCGUUGUAAGGAAUCCAAUCCACUUUUGUGGAAAUUUGGUUAAAAAGAAACUUGACCCAAGGACAACAGGAGGGUUAGUUACGCAGCUAGUCUGUGAUCUUAAUCCGGUGCAGAACUGCCUGUCUGUCGUUUGUUGAGUAAAAUAUUCCCCCGCAAAUCACCGGCCAUAUGCCUGCAAACACCGAGGUUGUGUGAUAAUUCAUUCAUUCAAACCUUUAUUUAACCAGGAUAAAAAAACACUCCUUGAGAUCAAAAAUCUCUUUUACAAGAGUGUCCUGGCAAGUGGCAGCGACGCGGUUUCAAAUAGACACAGAGACACUUCCAAUAUAAUACAUAAACUCACUUUCACAUAUCAUAUUCAAACAAUAAUAUUGGUCCCGCACAAAAUACGAGGGUAUGGGGGGUUAAUUCCAUUCCGGUGUGCAUAGGGCUUUAUGCCACAUUUAGAUUGUUCUGUUGGGUUUAAAAACGCACAUACUUUCAUCCUUUGCGGCAUUUAUACACCUCGUUUCAGAGCCUCGUGGUGUACGUCGUCAUAUUUAGAUCUAGGAAUACGAGACUACGAGGCCCUUAACCGAAACCCUACUUACCCGGUUGGGUUCGGUGUCUGCCAAGUUGUGUUGCCGUCUCCACGGCCGCAAACGGAGACCGUUGGCAACGGCAACAGUGACACCAACGUUUCUCGUCCUCUCGUUUCUCGUCUUAUUGGUCUCAACAAGACUUAAAGCCCAUGUUGCAGGUUAAACACCACUGUUGAUUAUUAGGUACAAAAAGCGUUAACGUCCGGCAGUGUAGCGUUAGCUAGCUCUCUAAACUUGUGAAAAACCGAACAAUAUUCGCGUCUAAGCUGUGUUUCACUUUCCCUCCAAUAUUAUUAUUAACAUAAUAAAGUCACCUGAACUGUUAAUAUUAAAAGACCAAAAACCAUAUUGGGCCUGACCAGAGGCAAAGACAACGCAGGCUGCUCUGUUUUCUCCCCAACGUGACGUCAUGCAAUGCAUUGUGGGGGGAAAUAGAGGCAUUGCAAAAACACUGUAAAAUAGUGCCUACUUUUCAUAUUAUAUUCAUGAUAUCCAAAACCAUCAAAUACAAUAGAUAACAACAGUUCAAAUGGUUAUUACCAACAAGCAAAUUGCACAAAUUCGUUGCAAAAUUAAACCUGCAACAUGGGCAUUAAAGCUACUAACGCUACCAUGGUAACUACCAGCAGUGGGUGGAGUCUCAUAUGAACACUGGUUUCUUCAGGUUGAAGAGACGUGCCGGGCCCUAUUUUAAAGAUGUGAGGUCACGGCAUGGGGCAUUGUGUUCAGGGUGUGUCCAAAUCCACUUUUGGUAGUUUGAUGGGGCGCAUAGUCCUAAAGGGUUGGACUUUGUGUCUUCAUUAAUCACAGGUGUGUUCUGGGUAACAUGCAAUCAACCAAUCAGAGUUUCUCUCCCAUUCUCUUUAACAGCCAAUCAGAGGUCCUCUCUUAUUCCCUUUAACAUAUUUUUAUUUGUAAUCUUCUGCAUGUGUGUGUGCAAUGAAAUGCUGCGUUAUUGACUUUAGAGGUUUUUGUUGGUCAGUGGUGCUUCAAUAUAGCAAUACUCCCAGCACCUGAAAACACCUCCCUGUAAGACCAGCACGCCAAACUGUCAACUGAAGCCAUCAAUACAAAUCUAUGAUUUAA